GAAAGACGCCACACGACUGGAUCUACUCGCGCUAUUUUGCGAAGAUCCAAUCCAAGGCAGAGUGACACAGCCACCAGCAAGCCAUCGCCGGCCUUUUUCAACUUCGCUAAAACGACAAUGACCUCUCGCUUUGUUUGUGCAAGGCAACCAACCCAAAGCAAGGUGCUACCAGUAAUAAUUAAUAACUUGUCAUCCUGUCAUCUUGUAUCGUCUCUCUUCUACCGUCCAUCUGAUCUGUAGAGAAUGCCGAUGCAGGGCUCGUCUUCCAAAGAAAAGGAUGAGGGACGAAUGUCAAUUCUGCGUUGUGUGUCGGGUGUGUUGCUCCUGUUUACCCUUUCCAAUUUCAUCCAAGAGUACAUGGAUGUCAAGGGCGUGCAGAAAAGUUUAAACUUUGACAACAUUGUGCAAGCGAUGACCAAUAUGAGCAGCAGCUUGGAUUUUACCGAUUUGGGUAUCACCAACAAUAACAAUCCGCAAGAUACCACAGCCUCAACAGAAGCAACCACCAGCACAUCCGCUCCAAAAACCAACAAUAAUCAAAAUCCCUAUCGAACCAACAUUGUGCCCCUUCCAGAACUGGUGCGAGUCGACGAGCAAGUCGAUUGCACCAAACUCAACCAAUGGCUCCAACCCAUUCCAUCAGUCUCUGACCCGGUCGCCGAUCUCGGAAUAGGACGCAAGAUUCCCAAGAUUGUCCACAUGACGGGCAAACACAAGUGCACCACGAAAGAUUUUGUCGAAGCAGCCCACGCAUGGACGUUUCCCAAUCAUUCCUUUUACUAUCACGACGAUCAAGCCGUACACAAAAUAUUGUUUGAACGAGAAUGGCCCGAAUUUCCACAAAUGAAAAAUGCAUGGGAGUGCCUCAAAAAUUCCGGGGGAGCUGCAUUGGCGGACUUGUGGCGAUACGUUGUCCUGUGGGAAUAUGGAGGAAUAUAUACAGAUAUGGACAACCUACCAGGCCCUCUCAUGAAUGAGACAACCAUUACUCCCGACAUUGAUGCCUUCUUUUUGCAAGAAGGGGGAGGAUUCAUCAGCCAGUUCUUCUUUGCCGUAUCGCCACGACAUCCAAUGAUGUUUCUGGCAGUUCAUGAUGUCAUGGAACAAAUGCACCAGGUCGAUGAUACCGGAAAAAUCUACCUGCCAUUUUCAACGGGUCCCGGUGCCACAAAAAGAGCAUUUCUACGAUUCAUGGGAGCAAACAGCAAAUCACCCGAUUGGUUCUUUAAAAAGUACGGGUAUCCCGAUGCAGGAACAUACUUUGGCACAUUUGGACACAACCGCAGUGUCACGGUUGUGGGGACUCGGAGAACGGGGGCCGAUUGGCUCCUACGAUCUGCCCUCGGUCGUCAAAAGAACAAGGCCUGGCAAAUGAUGAAUGUCACCGAUUACCAAGCUGCCAACAAAGAGAAAUCGGGCAAAACAGGUCUCAUGUACCUGCAUGAUUGGCAUGCCGAACAACGACAAAAAUUUGAGAACGAGACACUGCGCCGGAUGUAGUAGCUCUGCCUAUUAUUAUUAUUCUUUUUGGAGCCACAACUAAGGAACUGCCUACUUUGGCGCAAGGUAAUUGCAAGAGUCGGAAUCUUCCGAAGGCAAUUGCAAGAUUAUUGUGGGGCAUACCAUGCCCGGAUCGUCUCUGACACAUCCGCUACCGCAGCGUUGGAUUCUGGGGAUUUGCAUGAUGGGCUGCUUUCGCUGAAAAGGGCACGUCCCAAACAACAACACAAACAACGCCAAAGUCAUCAGGAUCUAACUAAAACUAUCCUUGUUGUACAGUCAACACAACUGCUCGCUGUGAAUCCACUGGGGCGCCCAACCAGAUCCAAGCGUCAGAGGCAACAGCAGCUUUGAUUCGAGAUGCUGGCAAACGAAGUUAGUUGAAAGCAAGGGAAGAUCUCGUUGAAGCAAAGGCACGGCCGAACUGCAACCGAACUGGGUCAACACUGCAACCUCUGAUGUCAGAUCUGUCGUCACUGAUAUCACCAACCAGUCAGGUGGUUUUUAUGGAGAAGUAAUGCAAACUGCACCAUGCCUCAAUGCAGAGGCAAAUAUUGAAGCAGUCAAGGAUUGUUAAAAGUCCCAAUCCAUCAAGAACUCAUUGUAUUUAAUCAUGCAAAUAGAUCUCAGUUUGUUGCC